AUAUUUUAAAUGAUCCUUCGUUUAAAAGAUUCUUAAACUCCCUUUUAUGAUAGUCAAUUUGAAUAAAAGAUGUGACACAUAUAUACAUAUACAUUAUGCUAUGCUGUUUUCAACCCUUAGAAAGUAACAAUUAUUUGAGAAAGAAUACACAGUGAAAAAUUUAUUACUGAGUUUAUAAGAAGUGCAGUCAUUUGUGUCUUUAUAUUAAAACAGCUGGAGAGAAUUUCUUAAGGGCAAAUAUGUCACAAGUCUUUUCCUUGGGACUCAAAAGGAAUCCAGAAGUUGACCCUCCCCGUCCAUAAAAAAAUGUCUCAAAGACUCCUGUCCAAUUCAAAUACCUCACAGGCUGACUACAGAGGACUCUUCUAAUUAAAAAGAUAAACCGCACAAGCAUACAUUUCUUCAAUGGGUCAGCCUGCCUAGGGUCCAGAGCCUGAUACCUCAGAGGAAGUCCUUAGUUACUGUGGCUUGAGGUUUGUCAGUCAGUGGCUGACACUCCCAGAACCUCUACUGAGUUAGAAAAAUACAACUGUCAUCAAUGAAAAGUUCUCAAGAACUCCUGUUCUUCAAACUGUAGGUAGAACAUGAGAAACCAGUUAAGGGAUCCAGGCAGAAGAAAGGAAGGUUCUAUGAGGGGACGGAUGUUGGCUUUCGGUCUCAUGUCCUGACGUGACCAUUUUCAUUCCUUCCUGGAAAGCUCACGAAAACGUACCUGUUCUACUUCUAUGCCUGCUCUGUGUCUCUGUAGAAGAUUUUCGUGUUACUGAUAUUCUAUUCUGUUCUGUUCUAUCCUAUUUUUUUUUAUGCUCUCAUAAACUAGCUUAUGGAGUAUAUUGACAGGUCAGAUUUUGAUCUCGUAAUCUAGCUUCCUACCUAAGUACAUACAACUGACUUGACUCAAGUUAUGGUGACAAGGUUAGAUACUUAACCUGGGUUUGCUCGUUUUGUUUGUUCUUUUGGCGGAGGGGUAGGGGUGACACGCAGAGACCUUGUGUAGUGUAAGGUUAGUUCUGCUUGAAUUGCUGGUACCUGGACUGCAAUGGGAAAGCAUGACAUUUUGAAACAUUUGCACGAGUUCAAUGCACGGCAACUUUUACUCAGGUGCUCAUGACCCGGAAUGAGGGUAACCAAGUUCUCAUGCCUCUGGUUGGCCGCUCUGACACGUCAGCAGUUCAACUAAGUAAAAGUGAAAUUUAAACCAGAUGGUAUCAUUUUGUAUUUGGAGCAGCUAAACUUACUUUUAAAAAAAAACAAAACCUUGUACCUUUCAGUAAAGUGCACUAACACCAAUUGUUCAACAUAGCUAUCUACCUGUUUGCCUUACUGAGAUGGGGGUGGGGGAGGGGGUGGUUCUCAUUUUCCUUCUAGUCUGUCAAGUAGACAGUAGGCAACAUUUUAAAAUUUUAUUUUAUUUUUUUAUUUUAUGUGCAUUGGUGUUUUGUGUGCGUGUGUAGGGUGCCAGAUCCCCUGGAACUGAACUUACACACAUAGUUCUGAACUCCAUAUGGGAGCUGGGAAUUGAACCAGGAUCCUCUGGAAGAGCAGCCAGUGCUCUUAACCGCUGAGCCAUCUCUCCUUUUUGAAGAGUAGGCAACUUCAAUCAUUAAUCUGCAGGCAGUAUUUUCCUAGGAAUUUUAGAGAAACUGGACACAGAUAUUGAUUUACUUCCCGGACAAGGACUAUUCCAGUCCGAUGACUUGCUGAGGGGUUUAUACUAAUUAAUCAUCAGCGGGUAAACUGCACACAGGAAGGAAGUAUAGUGCCUCUACGCUGUGAUCUCCAAGGAAAAUGGACCAAAUUUAUCCAGAAGAGAGUACUGUCUUGCACUGGGGGAAGCAUCUAUGUACUCCCAGCAUGCACCAUUUCUAAGUCAUGUAUGGUCUCGACCCUCCCCCUUUGUGCUUUUCUCUUAUUUGCCUAUCUGACUGCCUAUAAAAUUGAGAUUAGGGAGGGCUUUUCUUGGAGGAAAGUGCCCUCAUUGGUCUCGAGAUGCAGAUGCCGUUUGUUUUUGUCUUGUUGGAGAGGGGUGGUUGAACCAUCUCUCUCCCAGGGAAUUGCACUGAGGACAAGAGGGAAUACUGUUAUCAGGAUGUGCAGGAUUAGCUGGACCGGGUAUGCUGAGGCUGGAGUGCUCAGCAAAAGGUCCAGGCACCCGGCAGGGUGCUGCAGCGUUGGUGGGAAACUCCCUUUGCAUUUUCACAGUUUGAACAGAUAGAGCAGAGGAAGCUGCAUACUGAAUGUUGGACCGGACUUGGAAAGGAAGCCCUCGUCCUGCUCACAAGGAAAGGAUUGUUUUUAGCCUGGGUCACUGCUACGGAGAGAGAUUUCCCUCCCCUCUGUAAUGUUUGAUACUUGAGGGAAAACAGCUGGGCCAGAGCACAUUUGAAUCUCUGCAAAAUGGAAUGGGAUGCUGGGGAAUAUGGACCGUACUGUAUGGCUGUAAAGUCAAGAGAACAGUCGGAUGAUGAGACCGAGGAGUCGGUGAAGUUUAAGAGGUUACACAAGCUGGUAAACUCUACCCGAAGAGUCAGAAAGAAACUAAUUAGGGUGGAGGAAAUGAAAAAGCCCAGCACAGAAGGUGGAGAGGAACAUGUGUUUGAGAGUCCCCCAGUCCAAGACGAAAGAUCUGCGCUCUACUCAGGAGUGCACAAAAAGCCAUUUUUCUAUGAUGGCUCUCCUGAGAAACCUCCAGAAGACAGCGCAGAUUCUCUUACCCCAUCUCCAUCAUCCAGUAGCCUGGAGACCUGGGGCGCUGGCCGGAAGUUGGUCAAAACCUUCAGCAAAGGAGAAAGCCGGGGGCUGAUUAAGCCCCCUAAGAAGAUGGGGACAUUCUUCUCCUAUCCGGAAGAAGAGAAGGCCCAGAAAGUGUCCCGCUCCCUCACAGAGGGGGAAAUGAAGAAAGGUCUUGGGUCUUUGAGUCACGGGGUAAGUACCGAUGGUGUUUUCUUCUAUGACAGUCACCGGCGCAGGCACCACUUUCUGGUGUCCCUGGAAGAGGUUCAGAGUAUCCGCAAGCAAAUUCGCUUGAAGAAAACGGAUACUAACUACUCCUGUUCCAGAACUUUUCUCUGCCAGCGUCCCUCCAGAAAAGGAGUAAAUGGCACCACCUGUGACCUGCUGCCCCGGCCCAAGCCCAAGGGGGGCGGCGGCUGCGGCUUCCCCGGCAGGCGGGGCCGAGGGCGCACCUCGGUCAGCGAGUUCAAUAUCACCUACGUGGUGGAGCGGAGCCUCUACAGCCACCUGAACCUGACCCAGCUCGUGCGUCCUGCCUCGGACAGGACGCUGAGCAAGGCGGAGAAGCAGGACCUGAGGCGGUGCUUGCUGGAGGAGGACGAGGAGGCAAAGAGGAAGUGGGCUGCCACGGUGGACCGCUGUACUAAAAGGGUUCUCUUGAGAAUCCACCAGAAGUCUAGAACUUGUAGCUUUGGUGGAUUCGACCUGACCAACCGUUCUCUGCACGUUGGCAGCAAUAAUUCUGACCCCAUGGGUAAAGAGGGAGAUUUCGUGUACAAAGAGGUAAUCAAAUCCCCUUCUGCCUCCCGAAUCUCUCUCGGGAAAAAGGUGAAAUCAGUGAAAGAGACCAUGAGGAAGAGGAUGUCUAAAAAAUACAGCAGCCCCGUCACAGAGCAGGACUCGGGGCUCGACGGGACACCCGGCUCCCCCACCUCAGUAAAGCCUGACUCUGAACACAUGGACAAGCCCAAGCUCAAAGCCGGGGGCUCUGUAGAAAGCCUUCGGAGCUCUCUGAGUGGCCAGAGCUCAAUGAGUGGUCAUACUGUGAGCACCACGGACUCCUCCACCAGCAACAGGGAGAGUGUCAAGUCGGAAGAUGGUGACGAUGAGGAGCCACCCUAUCGGGGUCCCUUCUGUGGGCGUGCCCGAGUGCACACCGACUUCACCCCCAGUCCCUAUGACACAGACUCUCUGAAGCUCAAGAAAGGAGACAUCAUUGACAUAAUCAGCAAACCGCCGAUGGGUACCUGGAUGGGCCUGUUGAACAACAAAGUCGGCACAUUUAAGUUCAUCUACGUGGAUGUGCUAAAUGAGGAAGAGGAGAAGCCCAAGCGCCCUACCAGGAGGAGGAGGAAGGGAAGACCAUCCCAGCCAAAGUCUGUGGAGGAUCUCCUGGAUCGGAUCAACCUGAAAGAACAUAUGCCCACCUUUCUGUUCAAUGGCUAUGAAGACCUGGACACCUUCAAACUCCUGGAGGAAGAAGACUUAGAUGAAUUAAAUAUCAGGGACCCGGAACACAGAGCAGUUCUCUUGACGGCGGUGGAACUGUUGCAGGAAUAUGACAGUAACAGUGACCAGUCUGGUUCUCAGGAGAAGCUGCUGGCCGACAGCCAGGGCCUGAGUGGACGUUCCCCUCGAGACUCCGGAUGCUAUGAAAGCAGCGAGAACUUGGAAAACGGCAAAACACAAAAACCCAGCGCUCUGUCCACCAAGUCAUCCACGGAGUCCAACUUAAAGUCUUUCAACAGGAGUCAGCCGGGCAACUAUCCGACAUUGCCUUUAACGAAAUCAGGGGAGGUGCGCAAGCAGGGAGAGGAGAGCAGGCUGGGAAGAGGUCUAGCCCCGGACACUGCCAAGUGCUGUGAUGUACCCUGUGUGACUGGUUUGAGUAAAAACCGAAGGAGCCUCCCGGUCUCCAUCUGUCGCAGCUGUGAAACCCUGGAGGGUCCUGAGCCCGUGGAAAGUUGGCCCCGAUCCCAUUCCCUGGACGACCUUCAGGGAGAUGCUGAUGUUGGUAAGGAUGUGCCUACCGAGAAGCCGGAAACCUGUCCAGAGAAUGUACCAGAAGUGCCACAGAAGGCAUCUGCCUGCACCUCCAAGGCUCUGCCCCGAGGCCGAGAUCCCACUGCAGAAGAUGUGAUGUUUCUGACCCAAAGCAAGAGAUUUUCCGACCCUCCGAAAACGAUGGCUAAGAAACUGGAGGGCUCCGCGGUGGCCUCCAACCUUGGCAUAGCUCCUCCUCAGUGUAUACCCAGAAAUUUUGAGGCUCAGCCUCCUGUUAAACCUGGCUUAACAAGGACGUCUCUUGAGGGUCUCAGAAAAGGACAUGACCACCACUCCCUGGGCACCAAAGAAGGGGUAGAUGGGGAACAGAGCACCCCUGAGACCAGGACGCAAUCCAGACAUCCAUCGCAGCCCCCGCCUGUGCCGGCCAAGAAAAGCCGAGAGCGCCUGGCCAAUGGCCUGCACCUGGUCCCUAGCCCAGAGGCGCCCAUCCUGCCACUGAAGAAGGCCAGCCCUGCCAGCCCCGUCAGCCCCAGCGACUGCCCCUCUCCCCGGGAGCCCAGGUCUUCCUCGGGGACUGAGCCAGGCAGCCCAGUGUGCACGAGACCUCCACCCUGGCUGGCCGAGCUGCCGGAGAGUACCAGCCUGCAGGAGCACGGUGUGAAGCUGGGCCCAGUGCUGAGCAGGAAGGUUUCCUGCAUCCGGGGUGUGGACCUAGAGAUGCUGACGGAGAACAAGCUACAGGCUGAGGGCAUCGAUCUCACUGAGGAGCCCUACUCUGAUAAGCAUGGCCGUUGUGGGAUCCCUGAAGCCCUGGUGCAGAGAUACGCGGAGGACCUAGAUCAGCCUGAGAGGGAUGUCGCCGCCAAUAUGGACCAGAUCCGCGUGAAGCUGCUCCGGAAACAACAUCGGAUGGCGAUCCCGAGUGGCGGGCUGACGGAAAUCUGCAGAAAGCCCCUCUCUCCCGGAUGUGUUACGUCCGUGUCGGAUUGGCUCAUCUCCAUCGGCCUGCCCAUGUACACGAGCACGCUUUCUGACGCAGGGUUCAGUGCGCUGAGCCAAGUGCCUUCCCUGUCCCACACUUGCCUUCAGGAGGCCGGCAUCACAGAGGAGAGACACAUAAGGAAACUGGUAACCGCAGCCAGACUCUUCAAACUGCCACCAAGCCCUGAGGCCAUGUAGCCAGGCCCACCGUGGCCCUCCCUGGACAAGAGCCAGCCCUUCACUGUGCCCUCCAUCUCUGCUGGGGUUGACCUGACUGGGAAGAAAAGUACCCACUUGGGGCUCACGAACUGCAGGAUUAGGAUUCAGAACUGAGGGCCCACUCUUCCUGAAAAGUCCUCCUCUCCCACCCCUCGAGGACAUCGAUGUGGCUCUCUUUGAUGCCCAAAGGCAGGACAAGCACUUGGUUCUGUUUUCAGACACGGAAGAGCUAAGAUGCCGACUCCUUGCUAACACGGUUCGAUCGGUCUGUCUUUGUGCUGGCAGAGGACUAGGAGGACAGACAGCCUGCUCGUGUCUGAUCGUGCCCUUGCGCGUAUCUGUUGGUCACCCGGCUGGAUGCCCGAGCCCGAUGGGCUUAGCUAGGCCAAAGCAACAGACUCUGGAGUUACUGUAUACUAUUGACCCUGCUCAUCUGUUCAAAAGCUACAACAGCUGACUCUACCAAGAACAGAGCAGUCCUCCUCUCCUGUAGAUAAACGAGAGACAUUUUAAUUGCUUUCUAGCAAUUAGCUUUUAUUUGCCUUAAUAUAAACUUUUAACCAGUUAUCUAUCUAGUGUCCACAACCCUUACUUAACCCUAGUUCCAGAUCUCCAGCUUAGACUGCCAUCUAACGUGUUUGGGAUGUUUCCAGCAAAAAUAGCCUUUUUCUUUCUUUUUUUUUUCUUUUUUUUUCUUUUAAAAACAAUCUCUUUCUAACAUGGCUUAUCUUAUAGGGGUGACUACCAGGCACACAUUUCACGUUGACUUUUAGUUUCUAAACUAACUAGAAAUUCAGUAAACGUCGGUCGGGAUUCACAGAGGGGCACGCGUGUUCCCGUGCAUGUGAAGUAACUGCCCAUCAGUCUACUCACUUUACUGAGUGCCGCCAAGGUGGCCAUGGUGUUGUAGGAUUUACACAAAGUCCUGACCCCAUCCAUCCCCAAGUCCACUCAUCAGCUAACGGAUCACCUUUGCAGAAAGUCAUCGUAAUGUUGCGUAUUUCAGAAAGAUAUUUUUUUUUCUAAAAAGGGAAGUAGUUUACACUCAGUUCUUUAAAGUUCUUUUUGUCUGUGUGUUUUUAAUUUUUUUUUCUUUUUGGCCAGUUCUAUAAUUAUUAUUAUCUUUCAUUUGUUACCUAGAUAAGUGUUUUAAUUCAAGCAAAGGUUCAUUAUGGAGCCAGAUAAACCACAUCCGCCGUGUGUUAAAUACUGCAUAUUUUCAGCUGGUUUUCUUUUUUUUCCCCAAUGGUGAUUUCCACGUAAUCUACCCUCCUUUGGUCUGGCGCUUGGCUUCCUAGCAGUUGGCAGAUUUAGACAGGUACACGUGCUCCAUUGCUUACACGGACCAUGUGAAGUCUCAAGUUACCGUGGAAACACUCUGCAUACAAGGCCUGGAUCAGUCCUCUGAUAGUUCAUUGGGUUAUUAACAUUUGAUUUCCCUCAGGAGAGAAGGGCAAGUUAUUUUAUUAAUAACAAAGCCAUCCUGGCCAUAUGGUUUAUAGAGCUGGAUCCAUGUGGAUCUCAGGUGACCCCCACCCCCAUUUUAGUAUGCAUUGAAAAGUAAUAAUAACGAUGUUUGGUUUGUUCGCUUCCAUUCGCCUUCUAUAAGAUGCCAUGUGGAGAAGUUGAGGCAGUUUAGAAUAAAAAGGUAAAGGCAUGAGAUUCUUCCUGGACUCUUAAAAAGGAGUUCAUGGUUGGCCUCUUGGGUUAGGCAUAGCCCACCCAAUGGGUGGGGGGUGCAGGGCUCUCUGCCAGUUCCAGCACCCAGGAGUUUCACAUGCUCUUGUGGGGGGGGGGUUAGCAUUGGAAAACAGGCUUCUCCUCUUGCUUUUGAAGUAACCCUGGCCUGACCUUGCAAGAGACUGCCCUUAGGAUUUUAGCUGAGCGAAGAGAGAAAGACUAAGCAAAAAUCCCAUUGGAAGUACCGAGGGAGGAAGAGAAAUCUCAUGGGAAUUUCCCAGUUUCAGUUCAUUCUCGGUGUAGUGUUUUCUUUUUUAAGUCAAUCGAGGAGGUCUUGAAAAUGUCCAACAGUAGCUUUUAUCACUCUGGAAAUCACUGCCUUCAUAUGGAGAAUUAAAUUCAGGGACCACGAGUUUAGUGUGAAUGUCUGAUCUGAAGGGGCUGAGGUUUGUUUCUUCCUUCCUUCCUUCCUUCCUUCCUUCCUUCCUUCCUUCCUUCCUUCCUUUGUAUUAUGUUUGUUUGGUUUUCUUUUGCUUCGAACGUUUCAUUUGGUCUGAGAAAAGACUGAAUGUUAAGUGUAUGGCUGUGAGGAGGCUCGGGGCGGCCUGUGGCGGCCGGGCCGGCUUUCUCAAUAGCCACUUUUGAUCAGUUGCAUUUGGUACAGGAUUUUUGAGUGACAGUGAAAAUUGUUGUCUUUGGAAAGCACAAAAUUAACCUGGAAAGGCGUUCCUUCGGCUCAGGUAGCUACCCAGAAUGCGUGUGAUUUGUGUGUCUCAGCUGUCUGCAGAGAAAGCAGCUGCCUAAACUACUAUUUACAUUCCCAGAUAACUAGAGCAAACAGCUUUUCACGGCCUUGUGUAUUUGGGGGCCCUUUUCUCUGUCCUGACCCCAGGCAUGGAUGAAAUUGGAAAUGAUCCCUCUGUGAGAAAUGAAUCGGCAUAGCGUGUUUUCACAACUGUGGAGGAACAGACGUAGAUUCCCAAGUCACUGCUGUGUGAGGACUGAGUGAGUUUCCAGAAAAAAAAAAAAUCUGACUGUCUUAAGUCCAUGUUAUCUUGAUUUUUAAAUUAAUAGGGGGAAAGAAAAAAAACCCACAAACUGUCAAACAAGUUCUAUGACAACUAACAACAUUGCACUUUCUGUAUAUGAAAUCAAUAUUUAAAUAACUUAUUUUUCUCCAUUGCUAUUCUUAAACAUUGUAAGUAGCUGUAAUAUACCAAUACGUUCUUGCAAUUGCUUCAGCCCAAGAAAGCUGUGUAUUGUUUUAAAACUGUAAAAAAAAAAUUAUUGUGAUGAUCCAUUUAAAAAAAAAAAGGAAGGUGGACAGAAGGGUUUUCCUGUGUAUCAAAACUGUCUAUAAUAAUGUCAUCUAUGUACCUAGGGGGAAAAGUAAAUAAAUUUCUUCAGUCAAA